AUGAAUGUUUUGGUGAAUGCUUACAACCCUACAAUUUAUGAAUUAUCAUUGAGACCUUGGCUUUAUGAAUUAACCAAUAAAUAUGGAAAGAAGAUUAGUAAAUUAAAUGAUAUUCCAAUGGAAGAAUUUUAGAAUCUAAAAAACAUCGGAGUUGAUUAUGUCUGGCUGAUGGGUAUUUGGCAACUUGGAAAACACGGUUUAGACUUUGAUAAGGCUCAUGCAAAUGACUACAAGUCUAAUUUGCCCGACUUUACUAUGGAUGAUGUCAUAGGUUCCCCCUAUGCUAUCACUGAAUUUGUCUGCAAUUCAGAACUAGGCACAGACCAAGACAUAGUAAAUCUGAGAAAAAAGCUUAAUGAUAUGGGGUUAAAACUCAUGCUCGAUUUUGUUCCUAACCAUUCUGCAAUUGAUAGUCCAUAUAGAACAUCAAAUAUUGAUUAUUAUAUUAGAGCGCCUCCCAACACACCCAAGCCUUAUGAUUCUGAAUACUAUCUUCCCGAUGGAGUUAGCUACGGUGGAGAUCAAUGGGAUGGAUUUUGGAAAGACACUGCUUAAUGGAAUUACUGGAAUAAUGAUACUAGAAACUAUCUGAAGUCCGUAGUGAAGAAGAUAGCUUCUAUGUCUGACGGUAUGAGAUGUGAUAUGGCUAUGGUGAUCUUGAAUGAUCUCUUUUACAACAAGUGGAAACCUUAAUUAGAUGCUUGGGGUUACAAGAGACCAUCAACUGAAUUUUGGUCUGAGGCCAUAAAGGAGACCAAAUAACAAUAUCCAAAUGUGAUAUUCUUGGCUGAAGUGUAUUGGAGCAAGGAACAGGAUCUCAUAAAUUUAGGAUUUGAUUAUGUUUAUGAAAAAUGGUUAUUGGAUCAAUAAGCUACUUUGGAUGUCGGAAAGGUUAGACCCAUCCUAUCUAAUUUGAAUUUGAAUUAUGCUUCUCAUUCAAAUCAUUUCGUUGAAAAUCACGAUGAACCAAGAGCUAUCAUAAAGUUCAGUGGCAAAGAUUAUAUUUCUUGCGUUGCUGCAUUGAUGAGUUACUCUAUUCCAGGGGCCAGAUUUGUUAAUCAUGGUUAAUUGGAGGGAUUGUCGAAUAGAUUGGAUGUCCAUUUAAGAAGAAGUUAUAAAGAGAAUGGAUCAGCUUACGUUAAAUCAUUUUAUGGAAAGGUCAUGGCCAUCUUAAAAAGAGAGGUAUUCAAAUCAGGAAAUUGGACAUAAUUGACUGUAACAGGAGAUUAAUCUUGGAAAUUCUUUGCUUUCAGAUGGACCAAUGCUUCAGAUAAAAUAAUUGUAGUAAUUAACUUCUCUGAAGGAUCAGGAUACGGACUGGUCAAAUUAAGUGAUGCCUCAAGUGGAUAAUAAACUAUAACUGAAAUGAUUAGUGGAUAAACUUAUGUAAGAAGUGGAGAUGAUAUGAGAAACAAUGGGUUGGGUGUCAUAGUUGAUGGAUGGAAUGCUUAAAUUUUUAAAUAUUUCUGAAAAAAUCAUAAUAUAAUAUUUUAAAAUUUGGAAAAUUAC